GGUUAACUGUGAAUAUGUGCUGUUCAGGCAGUAGGUCAGGUUACUUGCAUUUAUGUUGAGAGAAAUUCUGCCUACCCUGUUUCUAAUUUUGAGAGAGUAAGCGAGAGGAAGAAGUGGAACUUAUUUGGUGUAAUAGAAGAGUCAUCCUCACACUUUGUUGAGUGUGUGUUGGAGUUUAUGUGGGAGGACGAUUGCAUUGCAGAAGUUUGGACAAUCACAAAAGUCACCCUGGUCCCAUGAGCAGAACUUUUUACAGACAGAAGAGAACUUUCCUGGACAUAGCCCCUUCUGAUGGGACACAGCAAGAAUCCUCUAUGUUUGUAAAUCUCCGAAACAAAUUGACAAAGGUGUACUGUACACAUCAGCUACGUAUUAACAGACUGGUUUGUCAAAGUGAAGGACACGGGCUGGAGAUUGGGAUAGACAGUUCAUCUGACCGACUUGCAACCUUUGCCCCAACUAGUUACAAAUUAACUGAAGUGAAGUGUGAACUCCUACCCCUGGAGUGUGAGGAGGUAUAUAAAGGACAGCAUCUCUUUUCUCUAGUUCUCUAGUUCUUACACAAUGGGCAAAGGCUUCUAUGUGAGCAAGCUUGUGGCCUUUGUGGCCAUCUUCUUUGCCAUAGCGGCAGUGGCUACAAUAAUUGCUCUAGCAGUUGUUUAUGCGAAUGAGAAGUCCAGCAAUGAUAAGGCAGAAAAUGGAGGAACCACAUCAACGACCACGACGACCACCACCGCCUCCUCUUCAUCUAGAACCACAUCAUCAGUAAAUCCUGCAACUACAGCUCCUGCAUCCAAAGAACCAUGGGAUAACUAUCGGCUUCCAAACCAACUUACACCACAACACUAUGAUGUUGACCUCAGGCCCAUUUUAACAAAAAAUAAUGAGGGGCUCUAUAUCUUUCAUGGGGAAAGCAAGGCUUAUUUCACAUGUAAUGUAGCUACAGACACUGUUAUUAUCCACAGCAAAAAACUCAACUAUACUGUAGAUCCAGUGCUGACUGAUGCAGACAACAAUAAUAUCCCCAUCAUGCAUUUUUUUAAGGUAGAGAAGACUGACUAUUUAGUAUUGCAUCUCAAUGCUAACUUGUUACCUUUAAAAAAAUAUAUUCUUCACACAAUAUAUACGGGAGAACUGGCUGAUGAUCUGGCAGGAUUUUACCGCAGUGAAUAUGUAGAAGAUGGUGUGACCAAGAUCAUAGCCACUACUCAAAUGCAGGCUCCUGAUGCAAGGAAGGCAUUCCCCUGCUUUGAUGAACCGGCAUUGAAAGCUACUUUCAACAUCACCCUAAGACACAAGCCGAAUUAUGUGGCACUGUCAAACAUGAAUGUUUUAAGCGUGAGUACUGAACAGUGGGGAAGUGAAGCCUGGAACAUCACAGUAUUUGAAAAAUCCCCAAAGAUGUCCACCUAUCUAGUGGCUUUUAUAGUUUCUGAGUUUGCAUCUGUUGGUGAUGAAAGGGUUAAAAUCUGGGGUCGUAAAAAAGCAAUUGUGGAUGAGAAGCAAGGAGACUAUGCACUGAAUGUCACUAGACAAAUUCUGGAAUUCUUUGAGGAAUAUUAUGGCGCACCUUACCCACUUCCAAAAUCAGACCAGGUAGCUCUCCCGGACUUCAGUGCAGGAGCCAUGGAGAACUGGGGACUUGUCACUUACAGAGAGACUGCACUCCUAUAUGACCCUUUUGAAUCUUCCAUUGGCAACAAGGAGAGGGUACUCACAGUAAUAGCCCAUGAGCUGGCACAUCAGUGGUUCGGGAAUCUUGUAACAAUUCGAUGGUGGAAUGAUCUUUGGCUGAACGAAGGUUUUGCCUCCUAUGUGGAAUACUUGGGAGCAGACAAAGCAGAAGACACUUGGAACAUAAAAGACUUGGCUGUGCUGUACGAUAUACACAGAGUGAUGGCUGUUGAUGCAUUAGCCUCUUCUCAUCCGCUCACUUCAAAGGAAGAGGAAGUGAACACUCCAUCAGAAAUAAGUUCACUUUUUGAUUCCAUCUCCUAUAGUAAGGGUGCAUCAGUUAUUCGGAUGUUGUCUUCAUUCCUCACUGAAGAACUCUUUGUAAAGGGCCUGCAAGCCUACCUUAAAGAAUUUGAAUAUGAAAAUACAGUGUACAAUAAUCUGUGGGAUUCCUUACAAGAAGCCUAUGACAAUGAAACCAAUAGAGUUUACCUUCCGGACUCGAUUGAAAGGAUCAUGAACACAUGGGUCUUGCAGAUGGGUUUCCCAGUGGUGACAAUAAAUACAGCAGAUGGCUCUCUAAGACAGAAACAUUUUCUUUUAGACCCCAACUCAACAGUCACUCGGCCAUCAGAAUUUAACUAUACAUGGCAUGUUCCUAUUUCAUUUCUCACCAGCACAAACAAAGUAGGAAACAUCUGGCUAACUAAAGAAAGCGACACAAAUAACUCGCUUCAAGUAACUGGAAAUGAAUGGCUGCUGGCAAACAUCGAUGUGACUGGAUACUACAGGGUUAAUUAUGAUGACGGAAACUGGAACAGAUUGCUUCAGCAGCUGAACGAUAACCCUAUAGUCAUUCCUGUUAUAAACCGGGCUCAGAUCGUUGAUGAUGCAUUUAAUUUAGCCAGAGCUCAGAUAAUAGACAAUACAAGAGCGCUUGAAACAACUAAAUUUCUCUCCAAGGAUGUGGAGUACAUGCCAUGGCAGGCGGCCAUCAGCAGUCUAAGUUACUUUACACAGAUGUUUGAUCGCUCAGAUGUGUAUGGGCCGAUGAAGGCGUACAUGAAGCAGCAGGUUACACCUCUGUUUGAGUAUUUUAAAAACAAGACAAAUAAUUGGACUGUCAGACCUACAACUUUAACAGAACAAUACAAUGAAAUAAAUGCAGUCAGUUUGGCUUGUACUUAUGGAAUCCCAGAAUGUGGACAAAUGGCCAUUGACCUUUUUAAUGAUUGGAGAACUACAAAGCUCAAUAAAAUUCAUGCAAAUUUGAGGUCCACCAUUUACUGCAAUGCCAUAGCUCAAGGGGGAGAAGAAGAGUGGAAUUUUGCAUGGGAACAGCUCAAUGCCACCACCAAUGCACAAGAGGCUGACAAACUCCGGGCUGCUCUGGCAUGUAGUAAGGAACCCUGGAUUUUAAACAGACUCUUGGAAUAUGCCUUGACUUCAAACGGGAUCCGCAAACAAGAUGCCCAGUCUACAAUUACCAAUGUUGCUAAUAAUGUGGUAGGCCAGAGCCUAGCCUGGGACUUCGUUAGAGCCAAUUGGGUAAAACUUCUUAAUGAUUUUGGAGCUGGAAUGUCCUUUGGUAAUCUGAUUUCUGGAAUCAGUAGAAGAUUCAACUUAGACUUUGAUCUACAGCAACUCAAUGAAUUUAAGAGGAUUAACACUGAUAACAAUGUUGGCUUUGGCACUGGAGCUCGUGCUUUGGAACAGGCUAUAGAGAAGACACAAGCUAAUAUCAUCUGGGUGAAUCAGAACAAAGCUGCUAUAAAGGCAUGGUUUGAGAGUGCAGUUAUACCUUAAAGGACAUAAACACCCCGGCACACUUGAGAAGUUUACAGACCACAUGUGCCUUCUUCAGGAUUUGCUUGUGCGUCUUCAUAUUGUAUAAAACAACAGAGAAAAAAGUGAUACUGCGGAGAUCUGAUUUAUGUCAGAUAUGAUUACUUCUGCUAGAUUGCUCUUCAUCAGUUUUCUAUGAAUUUCUUUUUUGAAGUGACCGAGAAACCGAUAUUUGCCAAAAUGUAUUACCAUUUACAUACAUCUAUGACUUGAGCUUAGGUUCCAAAGACUUUUCUGUAUAGACAAUGAGGAGCUUCCAUUUAUUGCUCAGGGUCUACAAGUGCAGGCCAUGGAUUGGUCUGCUCUCAACAACAAAAAAAGAAAGAAAAAGUUAAUUCUUCUUAGACAUAGGGGAUUAUUUACUAAGAGUGGAGUGUAGUUUUCUUUGUGGAUUUUGAUUUCCGACAAGUAUUUUCCCAAGGUAUUAACUAAGGUUUCCCUACAUUUUGCACUUUUCCCUACAUUUUGCUUUUUUUUUUUACAACUGUUCUGAUCUGUCGGGUUUUCCUCAGCUCAAAUCCA